CAAACCUUACAACAUCCCCCUCCAAGGGAAUUAAUUACACGCGAUCCUGGGGGCAAUUGAGCUCUGGCGCGCUAUGAGACGUUGCAUCUAGGCCUUGAUCGACCAUCUUGCAACGAAUUGGCCAGUCUCGCGAUACCAGAGCAACCCGCAAAUUGCCGCAUCCUCUAUCUCGGUCUACCGGGCACAAGUCAAAGCUCUAACCAUGGGCUUCACCACCGGCUUCACCGGCGGUGUCACCCUUACCCUCUCCCUCGCCUACCUUUCAGUUCUCGCCCACCAGCGCACCCGCGAGCAACAAGGUCAGGCCCUCCGAUCCCAGGCCCUCGCCAUCCAGGGCUUGAUCGAUCCCUUCCCACCGCUGCCACCCCCUACACGAUCCGAAGUCGCCGCCGCCCAGCGGGCCAACGCUGUCGAGGUCGCAAAGGAGCGAUGGAACACCGAAGUCAUGAACGCCGUGCGGUGGGUGCAGCACACCGACUGGGUUGAGGUGCGCGAGGGUCUCGAGGACACGGCAUCACGGCUGUGGAGCCGAACAUUUGGCAACCCUUCAGAGGGAGCCGAAUCUACUAUCAAGCCUAUUGUGAAGGAGGAGGCUGCCAAGUUGGGCGAGGCCAGCGGCAAGGUUGCCGCCGCCGCGAAGAUUGCCUUCCAAAAGGCAAAGGCUGAUGCCAAGGAGUUUGCCCACGCGGCACUGGAUCACAGCAAGGACAAGGAGAGUGUGGACAUUGCGCAGGAGGACGGCGGUGCGGCGGUGCCGGUGCUAUCACCCGUGGAGAGGGCGCUCCAGCAGCGCUUCGUCAAGCCCGAGGCCGAGAAGAAGCAGACAGUGGAGGAUGUGCUCAAGGCGAGAUACACGCCCAUGGACAAGAGGGAUAACACGCAGCUGAGGGGGGUGUAAGUGCGUUUGCAUGCGUGUGUGUGUGUUGCUGACGAGCUGGUUUGCCUGAUGAUAAGUGGGCGUGAUGCCAUGUGGAAAAAAAUGUUGCUCGUUGUACAUUGCUUGUGUACCACCAUUCCCUAGAGUCACCCAAAUAGAGAUCAAGCUUUCACGGACGUGAAAAGCUUGGUAUGAACAACCCAA